CACCAAUCGUAGUCCUCAACUACUACGAGGGUUGGUGAGGUGAAGGAGCUGCUUCAAAUUCCCCACCAAUUCCUCUAUUUUGAUACCCAACCUUUAGCAUUUUGCUCACAUCUCUCAUUCUCUCUCGCUCAAUGGCAACGGCAGGGGCUUCAAUGGCUUGCCAGCCCUUUCUCAAGGGAAGCAGAUCCGAUGGCGGCGUUGGCCUCGGCUUCAGUGCUUCGGAUCUGCGGCGUUUAUCAGCUUCAUCCGCGGUCCAAAUCUGUAUCCGGAGUCAGCCUCAUCCGUCCCGACGGCUAGAGGUGAAAGCCAUUGGAAACGUCUUUGGAAAUUUCUUCAAAGUUGCAACUUGUGGUGAGUCUCAUGGCGGAGGUGUUGGAUGUAUAAUCAGUGGUUGCCCACCUAGAGUACCCCUCUGUGAAGCUGAUAUGCAAUCAGAGCUUGAUAGAAGGAGGCCAGGUCAAAGCCGAAUAACUACUCCAAGGAAGGAAACAGAUACAUGCAAAAUUUUUUCUGGAAUUUCUGAAGGAAUGACUACUGGAACUCCAAUCCUUGUUUUUGUUCCAAAUACAGAUCAAAGAAGUCAUGACUAUAGUGAAAUGUCAAUAGCAUACAGGCCUUCUCAUGCAGAUGCCACAUAUGAUUUUAAAUAUGGCAUAAGAUCAAUUCAGGGUGGCGGCAGAUCAUCAGCUAGAGAAACAAUUGGUAGGGUUGCUGCAGGAGCUGUUGCGAAGAAGAUCCUCAAGAUGAAAUCAAACGUAGAGAUAUUAGCUUAUGUCUCCCAAGUUCAUAAAGUAGUGCUUCCUGAUGGAGUGGUUGACUAUAAUACUGUCACGGUAGAUCAGAUAGAAAGCAAUAUUGUUAGAUGUCCAGAUCCAGACUAUGCUCAGAAGAUGAUUGAUGCCAUUGAUGAUGUUCGAGUUAGAGGCGAUUCUGUUGGUGGAGUUGUGACCUGCAUUGCGAGAAAUGUUCCACGUGGUCUUGGAUCACCAGUAUUUGACAAGCUUGAAGCAGAGCUUGCAAAAGCUAUGAUGUCACUUCCCGCAACGAAGGGAGUUCAAUUUGGAAGUGGAUUUUCUGGUGUUUUAAUGACCGGGAGCGAGCAUAAUGAUGAAUUUUACACUGAUGACAAUGGGGUAAUUAGAACAAGAACAAACCGUUCAGGUGGUAUUCAGGGAGGAAUAUCCAAUGGUGAAACUAUAUACAUGAAAGUUUGUUUUAAACCGACAUCAACAAUUGCGAAGAAACAAAACACGGUGACUCGGAAUCGCGAGGAAACUGAAAUCCUCGCAAGGGGCCGUCAUGAUCCUUGCGUUCUACCUCGAGCUGUACCCAUGGUGGAAGCCAUGGCUGCUUUGGUUCUUGUAGACCAACUAAUGGCUCAAAUUGCACAGUGUGAAAUGUUUCCUAUCAAUGCUGAUCUCCAGCGUUCUGUUAGUGAACCUAUCAGUGGUUCUGCAAAGAUGCCAAGUGAAUUAUAUCCUUCUGUUUAAUGAGAGUUUCUUUCUUAUUCUUCUUUCAUGUAAUUUAAGGAUUUAUAUAAAUUAUAAUGGCAGCAACUAAUGGUAGCUAUUAAGAGCUGGCUUUUUAGUGGUGCUUCAAUGGUUAUAGCAAGUCUAUUUUACCAGUUAAAUUUUUGUUUAGGAAGAUUUACACAAAUGUCACUCAAUUCCUAUGUAUUUAC